AUGGUAUGUACGAACAGCGUAGCGUAUAGUGUGACAAAUCCACUCGUUACAAGUACUAUGAAGGCCUGGAUACUUUUCGAAUGGAUGGUGGGCACCGCAAACCCAACUGGACACAUUACUAACAAAGUUUUUUAGGACACUAAAACUCCAGUUACUUUAGCUAAAGUUAUCAAGGUCUUGGGUAGAACCGGUUCCAGAGGUGGUGUCACCCAAGUCAGAGUUGAAUUCUUAGAAGAUGCCUCCAGAACUAUUGUCAGAAACGUCAAGGGUCCAGUCAGAGAAAACGACAUCUUAUGCUUAAUGGAAUCCGAACGUGAAGCCAGAAGAUUACGUUAA